GUGUCCAAGUUUAAAUUGCAGCAUCUUUUCAUCACUCUCACUGGUUUUACUUUGAGAGAGAGCUGUUGGGCAUCGGAAAGAGAAAGAGGCGCCUCAAGGUAAGAAGAAGAAGAAGAAGAAGAUGAUGACGACGAAGCAGGCGAAGAAGAAGGAUUCAUCACACUGGUGGUGGUUUGACAGCCACACCAAGGGCAGUCCGAAUCGAUCGCCAUGGCUUCAGACAACACUUUCAGAGCUAGAUGAGAAGACAAGAAGAAUGCUGCAGGUGAUCGAGGAAGACGCGGAUUCAUUCGCGCAGCGCGCUGAGAUGUACUACAGGAAGAGGCCCGAGCUCAUCAGCAUGGUGGAAGACUUCUACCGGACUCACCGCUCUCUAGCAGAGCGAUAUGAUCUAGUGAAGACGGAGAGUGGGAGCCGCCUCCCAUCAUCACCAUGGUCAUCUCUAUCACUAUCAUCAUCGUCCCCACUGCCUUUCACCAAGUAUCACCUGGAGAAGUCUCCGAGCUUGUGUGAAGGAGCCUAUGACAGCUACUCCGAGGCCUGUGGGCCGGAUGAUGAGUCAGAUGAGUCUGAGGUCGAUGAUCCUGACGAGGAGGAGGAGGUAGUGGUUGGAUCAGACGUGUCAAGUGAAAGCCGUGAUGUGGAACUCGUGAGGCUCAGGGAAGAAGUGGCGAGGCUCGUGGAGGAGAACAAGAGGCAGAGAGAGGAGCUCAAGGCGAAGGAUGAGGAGAAACGCGAGGUCAUAAGGCAGCUAAGUCGAGCUAUGGAGUUGCUUAGAGAAGAGAAUGUGAUGUUGAGAGAGUUUCUGAGCAACAAAACUCCCAAGAAGGAAAGCAGGAUUGAAUACACCAAAAUGAAGGAGAAUUUCUUUGGGAGAUUGUUUAAUGGAUUUGGGAAACCACCAGUUAUUGCUCUCUAAGUAUUAAGGAAUUUGUUUGAACUACAAUGUGUUUGAGGGGUUCACUUUCAACUGUAUUCUUUAUUCUUUUGUGUGUAUUGUAUUAUAAGUAUUAUAUUGUACUAUUGUCAUUCGGUUCUACAA